ACAGCACGUGCUCAAAGCCAUUAGAGAGCGGGGAAGCGAGCCGUGUUCCGUCCUCUCUCCCCCGUCUCUCUCUCUUUGAGCGGCUCCCAGAUGCUUAGUUCCACUCGGAGCAUCUACAAUUCCUCGUCGCACUACCGGCAGCUAAGUCUUUCUCUUUCUUCUAUUCUCCCGCGGCAUUUUUUGUUUCCGUUCAAAGAUUUCAGGACCUGAGGGUUUUUGGAUUUAAAAUCCGAUGGGCAGUUAUUUCUACGGAAAAAGAUUCAAUCUUUGUUAUGAUUCUAGUUUCUUGGCGUGGAAUAUGGUUUAGAUACGCGAUAGAAAGCCGUCUUUGAGUUAUUUUUCUUCUAGGUUUCUUCUUACGGACUUAUCCCAGUGAUGUUUUAUUAGGUUUUAGUCUGAUGGGAGUUUGCUUGAUUCUGAGGUCGGCUGGACCCUACUCUAUGAGUAGGGGGCAACUGGGAUUGAUUCGUCGAGCCCUUCUUGGAAAAUUACCAUCUUUGAGGCUGUACUCUUCUGCCUCUUCCUUGUCUUGUCUUCACGACCAAUAUUUUCACCCAACUCCAACCAUUGAAUCCACUAAUGCGUCAAGAAGUAGUACAAAAGGCUUUGAUUUUUAUGUUGGUAGAGGACCGUCACUUUUCCCCUUUGUUGCCAUCGUAGUGCAUACUUUGGAUUGGAAUGUCGCGAGCGAAACAAGCUUCUCAGAAGCAGUAAGCAAGUAUGGCUUGGAUCAUUCGUUGGAAUCCUUUGCAGUGCUUAUUCAAACCUUUUCAUCUGCUGGAAUGCAUGGAGAGGUCCAGUGUUUGAUUAGAAGUAUUGUGGAUUACCAUAAGAGUGUUGGCUCCAACUUGUUUGGAUUGCUCUCUUCACUGGUUGGUCUUUUGGAUGGUGUCAUGAGCUUGCUGCAUGCCUCUGAAGCAGUUAUCUGUAUCUUGGCAGAGGCCUCAAUGCUCGAAGAUGCCCUUGAAACAUAUUUGGAGGCUAAGAGAAUUGGGCUAGAGCUUAGCAUACCCUUGUGCAAUUUCUUGCUCAAAUCCUUGGUUGAAAAGAAGGAGGUGGAGUAUGCUAGAAGCUUAUUUCAUGAUAUGAAGAGCUCAAGCCCUUCACCUAAUGUAUACACUUACACAAUUAUGAUGGACUUGUGUACUAGAGAAGACACAUUAGAUAUGGAUGAAGCUGAUGACAUUCUUUUUGUUAUGGAGAGAAAUGGUGUGAGCCCAAAUGCGGUGACCUAUUGCACAUAUAUCCGUGGACUUUGCCAAGCUGGAGAUGUGGAUUUUGCAUGGAAUUUUCUUCAAGACUUGCGAUAUAAAGGGCUUCCACACAAUGAUUACUGUUACAAUGCUGUCAUUUAUGGUUUUUGCCAGGAAGGCCAGUUGAGCAAAUCAUUGAUUGUUUUGGAUGAAAUGAAGCAAUGUGGAUUCCCACCAGAUGUUUAUAGCUACAGCAUGCUGAUUGAUGGAUUCUGCAAGAAAGGUGAUGUUUUUAAAGGCUACAAUCUGUUUGUUGAAAUGGUAAGCCGUGGAAUAAUGCCUACCAUGGUCAGCUAUAGCUCACUGUUGCAUGGAUUGUGUGGAAUAGGAGAGGUGAAAACAGCAAAGAAGUUGUUCCAUGAGCUCAGGGAUCAGGGUUAUGAGCAUGACCAAAUUGGUUAUAGCAUCCUUAUUAAUGGGUACUGCCAGCAUGGGGAUUUGGCUGGUGCUUUUGCUCUCUGGAAGGACAUGACUCAAAACCAUUUUGUUCCAGACGUUUAUAAUUAUACUAGUCUCAUUUAUGGUUGCUGCAGACUUGGAUGCCUGAAGGAAGCCUUGGAAACAUUUGAACUCAUGCUUGAUAAUGCGGUGAUCCCCAACACUGUUACUUGCACUGUGAUAAUUGAUGGGUUUUUCAAGGAACGAUUCAUAGUGGAAGCUUUUAUAUUUUUAAAUAAAAUGCAUGAUCUGGGCAUUUUUCCCAAUUCAUAUACGUACAAAGUCAUCAUCAAUGGCCUUUGCAAAGAGAGAAUACCAGAGAGGGCAUGGGAAGUUUUUGGAGCUUUGAUAAAGAGAGGGCCUGUUCCAGAUGUUAUUGUCUAUAGCACCCUAAUUGAUGGUUUCACCAAAAAAUCAAACAUGGAGAUGGCUUUCAUGUUGUAUGAUAGAAUGUUAAAGGAAGGUAUCACACCCAAUAUCUUUACUUAUACAAGCCUUAUAAAUGGGCUUUGCAAUGAUGGACGACUUCCAGAAGCUACAAAAUUGUUUGAAGAAAUGAUUGGAGCUGGCUUAAUACCUGACAGGAUUGUGUUUACAUCUUUAAUUGCUAACUAUUGCAAGUGUAAAAAUAUGAAGAAGGCCAUGGAACUGUUAAGAAAAAUGGAACAGAAUGGCUUAUCUCCUGAUGUUUUUACAUAUACUUGUCUAAUACAUGGAUAUAGCAAGUUGCUGCAGAUGGAUAUUGCAGUCUUACUGAUGGAUGAAAUGAUAAAAAUUGGGCUUACUCCUAAUGUGGUAACUUAUACUGCUCUUGUUACCGGAUAUCGCAAGAUGGGAGACUGGAAUAAAGCUUAUGAGCUAUAUAAGAUUAUGAUGAAGCAGGGUAUUCUACCUGAUGCUUUGGCUUGUCUGUCAUUGGGGUUGGACCAUUGCGGAGAAGAGAACGGUUGAGCAGUCAAAGUAAUAUUAUUGCUUGUUGCAUGUGCGACUGUUGACAUGCCCCACCAACUAUUUAUUCUUUAUAAGCCUAUUUAUAAAGUACCAAGUUCUGACAAAGAAGCAGGCAGCAUGAUCCAAGAUGGCAUCCUGGAGAUUUGAAUUCAAAUCUUUGGCUGUCAUUGUCAGAGCAAGGCUCUCUCAGAUGGUAGAUCAGAAAGCUGAUCAAGUCCACAGCUCCUUCAGAACCAGACUCAACUCUUAAAAUAUCGCUUAUUGACAUGGAGGCUGUGGGCUCUUGGUAUGUGGCCUAAAAUAAGUUGAGGCUGCGGCAAAUUUCAGAGUGCAAUGGGGAACUUGUUGACAAUCAUCUACCUUAGGAAUGGAAUGCCAGUUAUGCAGAGGCCUACAUGAUACACGCUUGGAAAGUCUCAUAAGUUUUAUUAUGGAAAUAUCUUAUCUCACACAUGCUUGGUGCAGCAGUCAGGUGGCUUACCUUCGGGCAGGCAUCACAAGAACUUUGCUAGGUUCUCAAAGCACAACUGACCUAUAACUUCCCUUUUGGUCUUCAUUCUGCUAUUAAAGAUUCUUUGAAUCUGCACAGGAUAAAGAGUGUAGUUGGCUGGUGGAAGCUUUUGCAUAGAUAAUCCGGGUGAUGAUCCACUUAACAUAACUGGGGUCCCUCAAAAUGAGUCUAAUGGACUCUCAAGUGGGCAGGUUCUGUUUAACAUACCUGACACUUCUACUCUUUGAUGUUGGCAACAAACAAUUGAGCAACAAUAUCUUCGUAAGUUUUGCUAUUCAGAAAGUUGUUAAAACUUUUGCUGAUCAGCUGAAAGCACAUUCUGUAAUAUUUUGAGACUGAUGAUUGGACAGAGGCAGCAUUCUCUUUUAACAUAUAACACUAACAUGGCAGACUAAUUAGUUGGAAAAUGUGCUCGCUAGUUGCUAUGCUUUUGCAA